UCUUGGCAUUCUUGGUGGCUGUGUUGGUCCGAAGCGAGUAGGGAAUGCCGUGUCAACAAGCAGCUUUCACGAUCGUUUUCACGAAAGCGACGUGAUAUUGUUAGGCUUUUAGGUGUGUGAGCUUAAGUGUGUUGUGUAUUUGUCAACUGAACAUUUCUUCGGCGAUGGCUUCGACGUGGUGGCUACUUGUAACGGUAGCGACGGUUAUGAGUAGCUUCUUGGCAUCAGUUGAAGCCAUUUAUUGCCACCAGUGCGACUCCAACCAACACCUGCACUGCUCGGAGCUAUGGGACCAUAGCAACUCGCCAGAGCCAGCAAGCUGCGACAACCUGUAUGAGGCCAAUUACUGCAUCAAGGCCACAGGCAUGUAUGGGGGUCGCAUUGGGACAUUCCGGUUUUGUUCGUCUCGUGACCGGGGUCACUACUGUGAUUAUGUGAAGCGGCCCGGAGAUGACCGAGAAUACCGAGCCUGUAUCUACACGUGCAGUGGUAACGGCUGCAAUGCCUCUGCGGGACUUCGGCCUUGGGCUGGUGGCGUGGCUCUUCUGCUGUUCAUGGUCCUUGCCCGGGUGGUUGCCCUUUUCUGAACAUCUCGUCUGAAGUGUCACGUGAUGAUGACUGACUCUUGCUACAUACAGUGCUGCAGCAUCUGCAGUACACCGGUACUGGUGCCAUUUCCACGAAAUUGCAUUCAGGCCAUGGUUCUUGCAUUUCAAUGAAGGCAAAGUAUGGUAGUGUUUAAUUUGCCUGCAUUGAACAAAAAGUUUGUCAGUGGUCUGUAAGAAGUUUCCAGAUGUUUUUAACUUCCCUGUAAAGCCCUGGAAAUAUUCUUUGAAAUGGAGCUAUAACUGCGGGAAAACACAGGACAGAGUAAGGGGACACACACACAGCAGUGCCGUACCAACCAGUCCAAGCCGCAACUCUCACAGCUCUUGGGAUCAGGUACUUGUUGACCUGACAUGAGACAUCUUGUGCAUGAGUGCAAGUGAUUCUGACUCUUUUAUAUAAAUAAUGCAAAAAAAAAAGGACAGCGACGAACAUGUUCUGACAAAGGCUGGUCCACCAGCCGAAACGUUUAGUGAAGACAUGUUUUCAAAAGCUUGUCGUCCUUUUUCUGCAUUGUAUUACGUUGGGUCCAGUGUGAAGACGUUGAUAUGCCCUAUAUAUAUAUAUAUAUAUAUAUAUAUAUAUAUAUAUAUAUAUAUAUACUACCGUGUUUGACCUUUGCCUUUUGGCUGGUCUGUGUCCUUGCUUCAACUUCUAGCUCCAUCUUAGGUAACGGUAUUUUGUACCUUCCUUAAAACUUUGCAUUGUGCAUAGCAUUUGUAUUAAUGCUAUGAUGUGAGUGAGCUGUAUCGUGUGAUCUAAAUUUCUGAAAGUACCACCAUCCUCAGAUUAUAUCAUAUCUUUUUUUUUUUGUGUGUUGGAGGGUUGCUGGAGAGGAGGAGUGAUCUGUUAUUUUUUUUACUCGGUUGAUUUUUUACAAAAAGAAAGAAGAAGCAGUGACCUUUAACUGAAGAGCAUCAUUGUUAAUUUUACUUCUGUACUGUCAUAGAGAGUCCUACUCAUUGUGAAUGGUAUCAGCAUUGUAAGCAGUGAGCCUAGCCCAUUGUGAAUAUAUUUUACAGGCUUUAUUUAGUUGGCAUGCUUGUGAAGUUGAUUGCAAUUUUGCAUGUCGGCUAUCUGGUGCAUACUUUUAGCAACAGGACGCUGAUACACACAAAAUUGCAUGAUGGCAUUCUGUCAGUGCUAGUAAAGUUUUCCCUGGGAAAAGCUUUGGCACAAUUUUUUGUUACAUUGUGACAGCUUGACAUCCGAGUGAGUCAUUACAGCUGUGUCAGUUCAGCUAGCUCGUAAUUUUUGUAGCUAUGAGGCACACAUCAUAGUUGUUGGCACCUUGUCAGAUUUUGUGUGUGGUGCGGCUCAAAACACGUAGCAUAGUUAUCGUGCCAAACUGUGUGGUUUCCAGGCUCUGUCUCACACUUAUGAUACAUUCUGGUUUAAAAGGAAAUUAAAGAGCGAUAUCUAGUUAAAGCCAACUGCAACUAAAAUUUGGACAGUGGUAAAAGCCUAGUUUCAGGUAGUAUAGAUGUAGAGCAGCCUCCAUGCAAAAUUUUGUGUUUGAAAUAUGAGUGGAUGCGUCACGAAAAGAUAGCAAAAAUAAAUGUUUUUGAUACCAAAACUGGGGAGGGAAAAAAAAUUAAAUAAAGAAGCCGAAACUUUUACUUUUCAUCAAAAGUGACCCAUGACUUGGAACACGUGGCUCCUCAAUAUGACCUUCAAGAUUAUGGGCUGCCUGCGGCGUACUGCAAUAUUUUGGAGGUGACGUGCUGGGACUUACAUCCGCUAACUACCAGGUGCAUGUGUCGUCAGCUUGCGUGCUGCUUAGAGGCUGCUAACAAGACAAUCAGACAGUUACCAGCCCUGGAAGCUUUGCCAAGAUUGGCGUGGUAGUAUAUGCUGCUCAUUUAUUAACAAUUUAGUCAAAGUGAGAUUUGAUUGCAGUUGGCCUAGAACACACAGCUCAUCAAUAUGGCCACCCUUGUCGUGAGAGGAUGCUUGGUGAGCCAUAGAAGAGACUGAAACAAAACAGGUGGCAGCAGUUCCCCAAAGUUCCCCCGUCAGCUGUAGUGAACACACCUCAUGCCACAGUGAUACCUGGUGAGGAAAAAUGCCCCCGAUCAUAUGUUCGCACAUUUAUUCGCUACACCAGCUUGCUGUGAUGUCAUGAACUUUGACAGUGUCUGAUCUGCUCUAUUUAAUUGUUUAGCCGUAAAGUAGAACUGCAUUGCAUUCUAAAGAAACUAAACACUCAACGUAGUAAGUUUUGACACCUUUUUCUGUGCCAAAACUGCUCGUGUACGAGAAAAUGCUUUGCGUGAUGCCAUGCUGAUGUACCAGUGCUGUGGACUUAGUAUGAAAUUCACGGAAGGGUAGUUUGGCAUUUAGUUUCUCCUAGAAUAACGAACUUUUUUUUCAUUGAAUGAAUGGAGAGAGAGUUCUGAAAAAAAAUACUUUUAUUAGUCUAAACAGAUUUAGUACUGCUCUUUAGUUUCCCUUUAACGUCGAUCGAGGUGGUUAAGUGCCUAUCGCUUGGUGUUGCUGAGGCAUGCUUGGUGGGUUUGUGCACCGCAAUACAUUGCUGUGUACCCGUUGCCCAAAGCGCAACAAGCGCAGUCACGCUAACACUCGUGCCGAUGAACUGGCCAACUUUGCCUGAAGUGUCCAUGCUGCAAAGCAGCAAGGAUGACAGAUGUUUUUUUUUUUUUUUUUUUACUGCAUUAUUGGCAUGGGCUUCCCUGGUUCAAAGUGAUGUAUGGCAGUGUGGACAUAACUGAUAGUAACUGCAGGCUGAAUAGAGAAAAAGAAAGAGCCCACCCCGCCCCAGAAUUCUAUGUAGAUCACUCCCAAGUGCCAGCUGGGCACACGUGCCACCUGGUUCAAACGCACUGCAUAAAACUGCACGGAAGGUGAUCUUGGCAGAUCAUUUCUGUGGAAAUGCGCACAAUGGAAGUUUUAUGAUAGGCAAAAAAAUGGUCAUCUACCUGACAGUGACACAAAGCUACAGUGGUAGAGCAGCCAUUCCGUAAAUGCAUUGGUUUCACGAUCGAUCCCUGGACCAGGACAAAUUUUUCGGAAAAAUUUUCUGAAAAACCCGUGAGGGUUUCCUUUGUAGCUUUGUGCUACGUUGGGUGGACGAGAAUUAUUACUUUCGAGACGAUGCCGUUGUUGGUAUUGUGCAUGAAAACUGAGAAAACGAGAAGACAGUCCCAGUUUGCUUCCAUUGCAUCUGAUGCAAUGUGUAGUAUGCACUAAUGCAACCCACACCUGUCCUCGACAAGGCUUGCGUUCCCUCCGAAUGACCACGCAUUUGUUUGACUAGAACAAAUAACCCCAGGUGGUCCUAAUUAAUCCGGAGUCCCCCACUACGGCGUGCCUUAUAAUCAGAUGGUGGUUUUGGCACGUAAAACUCCUUAAUUAAAAAAAAAGAUCAUGAACAGACGUGAUUACAUGUCGGAGGAGGCACAAACACUGAAGCCACUAAGCCCACCGCUCCUGUAAUGAUUGCGCUGUGAACCGUGCAAGACUGAUGGAGCAUUUGUUAUUUGUUCGUGCCACUUCUCGUGCUCAAAUGGAGACUAGCUCGUGUCUGCUGUCCUAACUGACACAUCUAGACUGCACUUGCAUCGAAGUAUUUGCUUGCUUUUCUCUUACGUUUUGUGCCCCACACAUUUUAUUUCUUAAAGGACACUGAUGAGAAACAUUAAAUCAGUUUAGACUGAUGAAUUAUACUUUCGAAACUCUUGUUUGUGUUACUUUUGCCGUAAUAUAUACGUCAGUUAUUAGAAGAGGAAAUGAAGGUCGAAGUUCCAUUUUAAAAUUUUGCACUGGAAUCCCCUGUGCUGGAUUUAAAUUUUUUUUUUUGUAUUUGGGGCCACUGUGGCUCGGUAAAAGUUCUCGAAACUUGUGAAGUUGACUUUAUGGCUCUUUUAGGACGCAAUGUAGCCCAUCUGUACUGACAAAAAAUUAACUCGGCCCGAGCAGACAGUGUCAGAAUCCAUUGUCGUGGCAAGUUGGUGUGAGAAAGCAGUGUCGCCACCCAUAUUUCAUUCUUGCAUCUUUUCUGGCUGACUGGACCUCCUCUCAGAGGAAGAGUGGCUUUUGUGCUGUGUUUCUGAAGGGUAAUUUACUUCUGCAGCCCAAAAUAUUUUUCUCUUUAGUGUCCCUUUAAGCCUGCACACCAGACUCGUGGAUAGGAUAAAGGAAAGGUAUCUGCAAAUAACCACAUAGCUCUUUCUCUCUCGCUUCUGUGCAUGGCCAACGUUGUUCUAUACCUCGUGCACUGCUCUCCCUUUUCUUUUAUCGCACCCUUUCACACACUGACCUUUUCAAAACCAUUCCUCUUUCACCAAGGCCUCGGUGAAUUGAGGACCCGCUAGCUUGGCAAGGUGGUCAGAAAUUAGGCGUAGUGUAAUAACAGGAGUGCAAGAACAUUAUUGUGAGCUGUCCCUCAUUUUCAUUCCAUGUCAAACUGUUAAAAAAAAAGUGGGAAAACCCUGAUUGAAACACAUUUAGCCAUUCUGACAAGGUGUCAACUACCAUCAACAUGGUAAUCAAAGUGAAUAAGUGUGUUUUUUGUGAAUUUCAAUUUUUCGCCAACCAUGCUGUGCCAGAGCAAAAAGCUCUUGUGAAGUGUAUGUGUUCUCUGUUAUGUUUGUACUGUUUUAAAUCAGUGAGGUGUGUGUUUGGUCUUGGUGCCCAGCAGUGUUGUCUGUUUUCUCUGCUACUGAUGUUGCGUUGCUGUCCUUUAGUUUCUGAUGCAUUUGUUAUUGUGCUUGAUACACUUUAGAAGUGUAAUUUCUUCGUCCUUAGCAGAUGUCGGAUCCAUACGUGAUCAGUAGAGGCCGGAUCUUUAGGCAUUUAAAAAGCGCGUUUUAGGCACCAAAAAUAGGCAGGCAAAACGUUUUAGGCCUCCAACUUCCUAAAUAUAGGCACAAUAAAUUUUUACAUAAUUGCAAAUAACUUCAAACGAAGACGUGCGCGGCCUAUAUCUACGAUAGGAAAACAAGAAAUGUUAUUGUCUAUGAUUGCACAAAGGCGUGAACAGUUGAACAUAGCCGUGCAAUUGUCCCAUAAAACUGCUGGACUAAUGACAAUCAAUUGGCUUCAUUCAAUAAGCACACUGCUCAUGUUCAAUGGCCACUGUACUCGAGCGUCGCAUAUAGUGAAACAGGCAUGAAAAAGAAUACUUGAAAGCUGGGAAUACUGAUUAAAGACACAACAGAAACAGACAAAUAACAAGUGCAAGAAGCACUACAAUUUAUUAAGAAAUUAGCAUGUUCUUACAUGAGGACCAUUAGGUACAACUCUUCGCAAUUUUCUCAUAUACAAUGACAUUAUCCGAAUUGUACAGGCCAGACGUCCCAACACUGCGAAAUACACUUCUGCCCAUUUGAAGUGCACGUGUUUGAGGAAACAUGUUUGGAGAGCACGUGGAACGUAGUCGAAGAAUCACUGUGAAAACUGUGGAAACAAUAGCAAACUACCACCAUCUCCAGAUUUUCGGAUACAGAAUUGUGCCUCUUGUCACUGAGAAUGAUCUCGUACGCUGAGAAGGAACGCCCGACAGCGGUGAACACCUUAAAAAGUAAAUUACAAACAAAACGAAAGCCGGGUGCACAUCACAUUUUUCUUUCUUCUUUUGCUCUUCACUCUCCUUUCCCCUGACGGCUCUCCGCGGUUUCGCAUUUGCCAACCGCUCGCACAAUGUCAGCGCGUCGGCGUAUGCUGGCCGGCGCGUCUCAUUUCAAUGCUGCUAGCAGUUGUUUUCCGGGAGUUGGUUGAACUAAAGGACUAGGUUGAACCCCAUAGAGUUCGAAACAGUCAAUGUUGCCCGGUAACAUGAAUAACGGUCUCUAACUGUACUCGAAAGCGAAACUUGGGGAUAAAUAGCGUUCAUAUGGGCGCCGAUAUUGAAAAUAGGCAUUUAUAGGCAUUUAGGCACAAACGCCAAAAUAGGCAUUUAUAGGCACCAUAAAAACACUAUAAAACCCCUUCUUAACCUCUAAGUCAUGCUCAUAUAUCAAAGUGGGGCGAUAGGAGCACAAGGAACAAAAAAGGCAUUUGCCUAAAAUCCGGUCUCUAGUGAUCAGCGAGUGAUCUUGAUUGGAGGGCUGUCUGAGCCAGGGCAGGCUCCACAGCAGCUCACAAUGUUUGCAAUGUCAAGUGAACUUCUCUCUGGAACUCGCAAAUGCUUGGAAUACACAUUCUGUGACUGGAUAAUCGAUGUGCUGGCGCACUUCAAACUGGCGUGAAUGAGCUGUUGGAGAUAAGUCCAGCCUUAAAAGUAAUCCUAACGGCAGUGACUCCUUUUUAUGCUCAUGCCGAGCAUAGAUUAGCCGAACCUUUUGAUACGCUGACCGAAUGCAUUCCGUCCAUUUUUACUGAAUCUCUCUUUUAUAUGGUAUGUGUAUAUACUAUGUACGGUUUGAAAAUAUAAAAAAUGUGAUUAAGGUGUCCAACACAUUCUGCUCACCUUUUCUAUUGCUACUUUACUGCCACAUUGCCUUAUUUUAAAUUGCAUUGUAUAGUAGCUGCAUCGUGCUGUGUCUUACAGAGGGUCCUUCUGGCUUUUGUUUGACUCUCUGGGUGCUUUUGUACUACAUAGGUUGACUGCACAUCCCUUACACAUUGAUCCUUUUAGAUGUUAUAUAAAUGUUUCUCUCUCCUGUAUGUCAGCUGCACAUCCAUUCAUUUGGAUGAAUAUCAGCUACACAUUCAUCCUUUUAGAUGUAUGUCAGCUGCGGCCCUAAUUUUGGAUGGCAGUGUUAUGAGUGAAUGUUGGUACAUUCAGAGUACACGCUGACGUAAGUUCAGUUUGGUUAGUGGGCACCUGUUGGCGUACUCGGGAGCCAGAAUUUUAGAUGUAGGCAUGUUUUGAUUGAUCUUG